GUAACUUGAAACCGUCGCGAAUCAACUACCGCAACCAUUUCGCUGCAAUAUUUUCGUUUCGUUUCUUAGAAUUUAUAUGGAUAAUCAAAUCGAGUUUCAUCAACGAUAUAAAAUAACAGAAGAUACAUACAGUACUACAAACUGAAACGAUUGCCACAGAGUUAAUCUUUCAAUUACAUAAACAAUUCCAAAUCAAAGAUACAUGCAUAAACACGCGUACGUAAGUACGAUAAACCAUCAUACUUGUGGAAAACGAAACAGAGGUCGCCAACAUAUCCCGAUCAGUAAAUUAUUAAUUGACCGAAAUAUCAAAGUCUGAGUAACAUCUGGUUGAGAAUCGCUGCAACCGUCUUCUGCUGCACGUCAAUGCCCGAACUGUCAAGAUCGUUUGUCCACUAUCCACUAUCACCCACAAUAAGCUUAUUCAGCGUGGGAGAUAUUACUUUUUCAUAAGAUAAAUUCGUGUGUAAGCAUCUUGUGACUCAUUACAGACAGUGGGUACCGCGCGAUUAGUCAGCGCCAGCCACUGACUAGCGCGGUACAUACCUUUGGAGCUGACGGACUGACGUACUCGAGUGCAAAUGACUACAUGUCAAAGUCAGUGAGCGGCGUAUUUUAAGUGUUACUUUCUACCGGUGGAGCUGCGUUUCCUCCGAUUAAUCAAAAAUGUUGGCUCUCAUCAACCGGAUUUUGGAUUGGUUUAAAUCCCUCUUUUGGAAGGAAGAGAUGGAACUCACCCUUGUUGGCUUGCAGUACAGUGGGAAAACCACCUUCGUAAAUGUUAUAGCGUCAGGACAGUUCAGUGAGGAUAUGAUCCCAACUGUUGGCUUUAAUAUGCGUAAAAUAACAAAAGGCAAUGUGACUAUAAAAGUAUGGGAUAUUGGAGGUCAACCAAGGUUUAGAUCCAUGUGGGAAAGAUAUUGUAGAGGAGUGAACGCAAUAGUAUAUAUGGUAGACGCAGCUGAUUCUGAAAAAAUUGAAGCAAGCCGCAAUGAAUUACACAAUCUGUUAGAUAAACCUCAGUUAUGUGGUAUACCAGUUCUGGUUCUUGGUAACAAAAGGGAUUUACCUCAUGCUUUGGAUGAAAAUGGACUUAUAGAAAGAAUGAACUUGUCAGCCAUUCAAGAUCGUGAGAUCUGUUGCUAUAGCAUUUCAUGCAAAGAGAAAGACAAUAUUGAUAUAACGUUGCAGUGGCUUAUAGCACAUUCUAGAAGUGGUGUUCGUUAAUACAUGUAACUAAUUUUACGUUCUUACUCAUCUUUACCGAAAAGCCCAAGAUAUUGAUAGAAUGGGGAUCAAAUGUGCAAGGGAGUGUUCAACAAUGAUUUUAUUCUGGAUUGAGUGAUCAAUUAUUGUAGACAAUUUUUUUAAACCUAAGCUUUAGCUGUUAUCUGUUCAGUCAUAUAAGAAAUCAUAGAAAGUUUAAUGAAGAAAAAAAAGAAAUAAUGCUUAAACCAAAUAUGCUCAUGCAAAUGAUACCAAGACAUAUACAUCCUGCAAGCACCUUAGAAAUAAGUAACAAUUUUUUAUAUUGUGUUUUCAGAUAAUCAGUUUAAGUAACAGUGCUGUUGUUCUAAUUUAAAUCCAUCAAGAAAAAAAUAGCAUUUAAUGGUUAAUGUAGAAAUGAUGAUAGCUAGUACGAAUACAAGC